GCCAGUGUUGCCGUUUUGGCUUAUUUUCGGCCAGAUCUGACUUAUUUUCAAGAGCGAUUGCGGAUAAAAUUGGGAAAUUGCGGAUAGCGGAAAAUCUGGCUUAUUUAAGAAUCGAAACAGCUAAUUUUUAGCUUAUUUAAUAUAUCUUUUAGUUGUUAUAAUAAAGUUUCCCAAAUGCCGAUUAAUUGACAAAGUUACAGGGUGUGUGACACGAGGUGGUUAUCCAUCGAAAUGGCGGUCACGAGAAUUUUGGAACAAUGGCAUGAGCUUAAGACUCAUUUUGGUAUUGCUGCCAAGGAGGAGAAAUGUCACAAAGCAAUCGUUUUAUAUAAUAUGUUUCAAGAUAAUAUUAACUAUUUAUAUUUAUUGUUUUUGAAACCAAUUUUGCAAGAUAUGCAAAAAGUUAACAAAUGCUUCCAAAGCAAUACUUCAAAUCCAUCGAAAUUGUUAAACGAGCUAAUAUUUGCCAUCAAUUCACUAAAAAUCUACAUAAUAGCUCCAGAUAAAAGUGUAGAUUGUAUAAACGAUGAUGGAUUUGAAAAGUAUGUGACUAGAGACUUGUAUCUUGGAUAUGCUUUUGAAAAACAUAUCAAAUCUGUGAGUAUAUCCAAUGAUGAGGAAAAGUCGAUCCGAGAAAGUUGCACGAAUUUCGUAGUUGAUCUUGUUAAGCAACUAAAGCAGAGGUUACCCGACAAUUUUAAAAUCUUAAAACAAGCCGAUGCUUUUGCAGUAGAAAAUAUUUUAAAAACUAAAAAAAAAAACAUCAUUCCGAUUUUGGAGUUUUUUGGAAUUCCCAAUAUUGACGAAAUUGAACGUCAAUACAAUGAAUUGACACUUAUCUCUUGGGAAAAUACUGAGGACACAAUUAAAUUUUGGGUUGAAGUAUUGAAUUACAGAGACUCGGGCGGAAACAACCGGUUUUCUAAGCUGAGUUCUGUUGCGCUUGAAAUACAUUCUUUACCUUGGUCGAACGCCGAAGUGGAAAGGGUUUUUAGCCAAGUUAAUUUAAUAAAAAAUAAAAUAAGAAAUAGGAUGAACGUUGACACGUUAAAUUCAAUAUUAACCAUAAGAUCCGGAUUGAGCCGACACAACAAAUGUUGCUUUGAUUACAAAGUUUCUUCAAUCUGCCUGAAGUCUAUAGAAAAUGUGGAACAAUUAGAUAAUGAGCCCAAACAGUCUGUAGACAAUCUAAUAGCAGGUUUAAUGUCAUUUAAAUGAACUUUAUAAGUUUAAAUUUCUUUUGUUUUCGUUUUUUUUU